CAAGACGCCAUGCAGAGGGCCCGAGGCCUUCCGAGCCUUGUGAGAAGGCCCUUCCCCUGUUCACUCCCCCCCCUCGCUCGCCGUGAGGCCUUCUGACCACUGAUGGAACGUAGUCCAGCCUGGUCGACCACGACUCGCAUCCAUCUUGGGCUUGAGCUUUCUGGCUCAACAGCGGUGGCCCCCUUUGCGGAAAACAUGCCUGCCACCACACUUUGCCCAUUGCGAUGUCUCGCAUCGCUGAAUCUUGCAGUGCAGCUUGCAGUCGUACCAGUGCUUGCAAAGCUUCGGGAGUCGGACUUGCCUGCGACAGUGCUGAAGUCAGAGUACGCCGUCCGUGGUGAAGUAGUGCUUCGUGCUCAGGAGAUCCAGGCCGAACUUGAUGCUGCAAAAAAAGCAGGCGUAACCCACGCCAAGUACGGUUUCGACAAGUUGGUACCAUGCAACAUUGGCAACCCACAAGCUGUCGGGCAGUCGCCUCUGACUUACCACCGCCAGAUGCUUUCCAUCGUAACCACGAGCCCGAAGGACAUGAAGCAUAACGGUACUGAGUGGAAGUCACUUGCUGAAGUGGUUGCCAUGCCGCGUUUCCAAGACUUUCCGCUGGAUGUGAUGGCGCGGGGGUACCACUUCUUGAAGGAGGGUAACAUAGGCGCGUACACGCACAGCAAGGGUGCGCUCCUAUUCAGACAGAAGAUCGCACAGUACAUUGAUCGACGAGAUGCCGUCAGUGGUGCACCCAAGGUGAAUGUCGAGGACAUCUUCAUCACCGACGGGGCUUCACCUGCGGUGAAAACGGUUCUGGAGCUUCUGAUCCGCGACACUAGUGAUGUGAUCCUAAUCCCGAUUCCACAGUACCCGCUGUAUUCAGCAAGCAUUGUGCGACUCGGGGGAACGUAUGUCGGGUAUGAGCUGACCGAAGACUACACUGCGCCAAAGGAUACAUUAGGUUGGAACUUGGACGUGGCAGCAUUGGAGGCCUUGGUGCAAGCAGAGAAGGCAAAGGGCAACAAUGUACGUGGCAUUGCCGUGAUCAACCCUGGAAAUCCGACAGGAAACGUAUUGACAGAGGAUGUGAUCACAGCGAUUGUACAGUUUGCAGAGAAGCAUGACAUGGUGAUCCUCGCAGAUGAGGUCUACCAGGAAAAUGUUUACAACCUGAACCAGCUCCACGCAGGUUCUGAGCCGAAAGAGUUCGUGUCUUUCCGCGCAGUACUCUACAAGAUACGUAGUUCAGUUGAGCUGUUCAGUUUUCAUAGCGUGAGCAAGGGCUACUACGGGGAGUGUGGCCUAAGAGGUGGCUACGUGCAAUUGGACAAUAUAGACGAGCGGAUCAACGAGCAGAUGUACAAGCUCAUGAGCAUGACGCUCUGCUCCAACACUAUCGGGCAGGCGAUGAUGGCCUCUGUAACAAACCCUCCUGACACGGCUGACUAUUUCUCUGAAUGGGCAGCUUUGUUGAAUGAGAAUGUUGAGGUGCGCAAGGUUGCAGAGAACACAGGGAUGCUGGUUACACCACAGCCUCCAUCUUUCGUCUUGUUCGAGCGGGAGAAGAACGAGGUUCUGAAGUCUCUUCAAAAAAAGGCCGUGCUCACUUCGGAGUACUUGAAUAGUGUACCAGGCAUCAGUUCCAUGCCAAUUGAGGGGGCAAUGUAUGCAUUUCCUCAAGUGCACUUACCACACAAGUACAUUGAGCAUUCCCGAAAUAUAAUGCAGAAAGAGCCCGAUUCUCUUUAUUGCCUGCAGAUGCUGGAAGCUCUCGGUGUCAUUGCAGUCCCAGGCAAUGGGUUUAAUCAGCGGAGGGGCACAUUUCACUUGCGAUUGACAAUCUUGCCGCAGGAGGAGGAACUUUUGAGGGUGUUUAAGGGUGUCCGUGACUUCCAUAUGGGAAUUUACAGGGAAUGGGGCGUGCCAGAGGGUAUCAAUGUUUCCUCUGAUGAACUCAAUAACGUGGAUUGCCAAGGUGCCCAGUGUACGGGCGCACAUCGUGAAGAGUUAUAGAUCAGCACGAUCCGUUUCAGAUCGCCAGGAUGCAUUCCUCCUCAUCACUAUCACCAUCCUGUGUACUAUCGCCAGGGAACGCGGAGUAUGAUAGCUAUCAAGGCAAGUCAGAGCACGAGUAGAAACCGAUGUGCCUCCACAUUCAUUGAAGGCACCUCCUGCGAAUCGCCGCCCUGCCUUGCCAUUUCGACAGUGCCUCUGUGGCCGGGCAUUCGGCGAAAGGUUGGCCAAGCAACCGACGCCCAAGCGGUCGCGGAAACUUUCUUGGGGAAACAUUGGGCUGGUCAUUCGGGAGCCUCGUCGGCCACAUGAGGGAGCC